UUCAUAGGUAGUGCAGGAUGGAGUUGCAGGCUGGAGCCAAAUUGCUGCUGCUGCUAUGGGUGAUAUUCUGUGGGCAUGCACAGAGAAUUAGGCAAGAAGCUCGAUAUGCAUCGAUUGUUGAAGUGACCAACGGUGGGACCUGGGGUGAUUGGGCCUGGCCUGAGAUGUGUCCCGAUGGAUACUUUGCCAGUGGGUUCUCCAUCAAGGUGGAGCCCCCUCAAGGCAUUCCUGGAGAUGACACCGCUCUGAACGGGAUCCGGCUGCACUGUACUCGAGGGAAUGCGGAGCAAAACACCCAUGUUGUAGAGUCCCAAUCAGGAAGCUGGGGCUCGUGGAGCGAGCCUCUGUGGUGUCCUGGCUCGCACUACCUAAUGGCUUUCUCCCUUCGGGUGGAGCCGUUUUCAUUUCCUGGGGACAACACUGCGGUGAACAACGUGCGCUUCCGUUGCUCAGACGGUGUGGAGCUGGAGGGGCCUGGACUGAGCUGGGGAGAUUAUGGAGACUGGAGCGACUCCUGUGCCAAAGGUGUCUGUGGCUUGCAGACCAAAAUCCAGAAGCCUAGAGGGCUGCGUGAUGACACUGCACUUAAUGACGUCAGGGUAUUCUGCUGUAACAGCUGAUGUUGUUACCUCUGCCCACUCUCCCACUGGACCCUGCGUUCUGCUCUAACAACUGAGGCUGUUGCCGCUGCCCACGCACCCUGCCAGCACUGUGCCUCUUACUAUUAAAGCUUCUUGGUCUUUGCUGUCGCUCGAUUUAGAAAUGA